CGUCUACAUGUCAAUGAUCAACUCAUUGCUGUAAAUGGAGAAUCACUGCUUCAGAUGACAAACCAGGAUGCUAUGGAAACCCUUCGCAGGUCGAUGUCCAUAGAGGGCAACAAGCUGGGAAUGAUUCAGCUCAUCGUGGCUCGGUGGAUGAUGAAGAACAUUGAGGGUGUCCCGGUCAGCCCUCCUCUGUCAGAGCAUUCUGUUAACUCUCUCAUGGACAGUCAUGAACGUCGGAUCUCUCAAUCAUUUGAAGAAACAAAAAAGGACUUUAACAACUCCUUCACAACUCAAGCUAAUAUAUCUGCACACAAUGUUCACUACCAGCUCUCACCAACUGUGAACAUGCCACAAGAUGACAUUGUGAUGAUUGAAGACGACAGGCCACCCCUGCUUCCUGCCCACCUGUCUGACCAGUCGUCCUCCAGUUCCCAUGAUGAUAUGGGCUUUGUAGGAGAAAACCCUGCACCAUGGAUGCAAGACAUCCCUGUUCACAAUGAAUGCUCGCUAAGUCCAGAUGCAAACCCGGACAUUUCCUUCCAGAGGGAGGGCUUCGGUCGACAAAGCAUAUCAGAAAAGCGCACCAAACAGUACGAAUCUGCUGCUCACCUGGACAUCAUCAAGAACCGCAAGUCUAAGAGCAUGGAUCUAGCCCGCUCCCUGUAA